AUGCGGCGGAUCGGCUCGCUAAGGAAGCUGCACAACCGGGCAAAUCCCAUCCUCUCCGGCCACUGCUGUCGAGGGAGGACGCAUUUAUCCGCAAUAAGAUUCAUGCUCAAUGGGCCCGAGAGUGGAAGUCGAGCACGAAAGGCUUGCACCUACGGAAGAUUGACGACACCCUACCGGCGCGAUACACUAGAAAACUAUAUGGGAACUUACCCAGGAACCGCGCGCCACAGCUGGCUAUCUAGCUACCGAAAGAAGAUUGGUUAUAGUGAUAAUGAUCGGUGCGAGUGCGGCGCGCAGGAGACAGUCGCCCACGUUGAGGACGCGCUCAACAGCGUAUCGAGUCUGCUGGGAGGCUCAAAUGAAGGUGAGAAAGGUAAACCAAAAACCGUCUCGCGAGUCAAGACAGUACGAGCUGUACUGGACUUCGCAGAGGCGUCACAGAGGUCCCGCAGUAGUGCGUCAUAA